GUUGUAUGGUAAGAACGUUUUUUUUGCAGUUUUUGGUUGAUAUUUUACCCCUUGGAUCCGAAUCCUAAGCACUGGUUGCAAGUUUUGUUUAUCGUUUUUCUAGUUCGAUAAUCAUUCUUUCUAAUCAACUUUGUAUUUCCUGCUGAUAAUGUUAGGUUAAUGUACUUUUCGAUAUCCCCAAAUUUUCCAGUAUUAACACAAUGGUUUAAUUUCAAUAUAUUCAAUUCUUUGUUAGCAAGCAUUAUCUUUUACGUUUGUAAUUAUGUAAUAUUCUAUAAUCUAUUUUUGUAAAAUAAUUAAUUCUGUUCUAUGUCAGUCAAGUUGUAUAUAACAUAAAGCAACAUAAAGCCCUACUUCCGUUUUAUUUCUAAAUUUUGAAAGUUAUUAUUUUGAAUGAUUAAAAUUAUUUAAUUAUAACUUAAAGGCUGUGAUGAAUAGUGAAUAUAAAUGUAUGUAUAAUUAUAAUAACAGAAGUUCGAAUACUAUUUUGUUUUAAUUUUUUGUGUUAACAUUAUUUUUUUCUUCAAAAUGUAGAGAGUUGUUAGCUUGCCACAUUUUUCUCACGACGUGAAGGUAAGGUAUACGUUUCAAACUACGAAAAUGUUUCAUCUGCUCUAAAUAGUGAGGGAUCCUCCGGCCGCCAUGAGCCUCACAGAUGUGCUAUGCAGCACCGAGCAUCCGCUAUGCAGAUAACCAUGGAUAAAGAAGAGAAGAUAUCUAGUAGGUGUGAACCUGAAGUAAGCAGAGAUAAUGGAAAGAUGAUUACUUCGUUUCUCCCUCUGAUAAGUGUACUGACCCUACCAAGGGUUCCUGCACUGGACAAUAUGUGUACUGAAAUAAUCAGGCAUAUUCUUCAGUUCCUGGAUUACAGGAGUAAGAAGAUGCUGAGGGGAGUGUCCUCUACUCUCAAGAACAGAGUGGAAGGAUGUGGGGAUAAAAUGGUUCAUUAUUGGAGGUUUUCUGCCAAGUUUACAACGGAUCAGCUAAUCAAGUUUGCUGAUGAAGUUAAAACAGUUAUAGGUUUUGAAGUACGUGAUGGUACAGAUGAUGGUGUUAAGUAUCUUGUGAAGAAACAUCCUGAAAUUCUCAUGUUUAAACUUCGAAGAGGAGAAUUUGGAACUAUGUUUCAACUUGGAAGUGAAUUCACGUCAAAUGGAUUGCUGCAGAUACUGCAAUUUUGUGGAAGUACACUUAGAUCCCUGGAUAUAUCAGUAAAAAAUAUAACUGGAGAGAAUCUGUCUGAAUACAAGGGAACUCUGCCUUGUUUAGAAAACCUGAACAUGAGUUACUGUUAUCAACUCACAGAUAAAGGACUGCUGCAGAUACUACAGUUUUGUGGAAGUACACUCAGAUCCCUUAAUUUAAUAGAAACAGAAAUAACUGGAGAGAAUCUGUCUAAAUACAAUGGAAUCCUGCCUUGUUUAGAGAUCCUGAACAUGAGUUACUGUACACAACUCACAAACAAAGGACUACUGCAGAUACUACAGCUUUGUGGAAGUACACUUAGAUCCCUGAAUUUAAUAGAAACAGAAAUAACUGGAGAGAAUCUGUCUGAAUACAAAGGAGCCCUGCCUUGUUUAGAGAUCCUGAACAUGAGAUAUUGUAAACAGCUCACAGAUAAAGGACUUCUGCAGAUACUUCAGCUUUGUGGAAGUACACUUAGAUCCCUUAAUUUAUUUGAAACAGAAAUAACUGGAGAAAAUCUGUCUGAAUACAAGGGAACCCUGCCUUGUUUAGAGAACCUAAACAUGUUUUGUUGUAGACACCUCACAGAUAAAGGACUGCUGCAGAUACUUCAGCUUUGUGGAAGUAAACUCAUAUUCCUGGAUAUUUCAGAAACAAAUAUAACUGGAGAAUAUCUGUCUGAAUACAAGGGAACCCUGCCUUGUUUAGAGAACCUAAACAUGAAUUACUGUAGACACCUCACAGAUAAAGGACUACUGCAGAUACUUCAGCUUUGUGGAAGUACACUUAGAUCCCUGGAUAUAGGGUGUACAAAUAUAACUGGAGAAUAUCUGUCUGAAUACAAGGGAACCCUGCCUUGUUUAGAGAUCCUGAACAUGAGAUACUGUAAACACCUCACAGAUAGGGGACUGCUUCAGAUACUUCAGCUUUGUGGAAGUACACUCAGAUCCCUUAAUUUAUUAAAAACAGAAAUAACUGGAGAAUCUCUGUCUGAAUAUAAGAGAACCCUGCCUUGUUUAGAGAACCUAAACAUGAAAUUCUGUAAACAACUUACAGAUAAAGGAUUACUGCAGAUUCUUCAGCUUUGUGGAAGUACACUUAGAUCCCUGGAUAUAGUGUACACAAAUAUAACUUCAAUUAAUCUGUCUGAAUACAGUUACCUCAGAGUUGCAAGUUAAUUUAUAUAAAAUAAUUUCCAUUUUUACUUUCUUAACAAUAAUGUAAAGUGUUCUUAUGAUAAUUCUUUUCGAAAAAACAAUCGAUCUUAAGGCUGGGUAUAGAGAUGUUUUUAGAUUGAUGCUAAAUCUUGUGAAUUUCUGUUUUGAAUAAAAAUUGUGGCAAUUUGCGUUUUAAAGUUUACGAACCUUUUCUCACUUAGCUGUUUUUUAGUUAAAAUAAAUCUAAUAUGUCAUGAUUUUUGAAAUAAACUGUACAAUAGUGCUGA